AUGGAGGCGGGGGGCGAGCUGGGGGUGUGCGUGGCGGUGGUGAGCGGGGCGUCGCGGGGUCUGGGGCGCAGCGUGGCGCGGGCGCUGGCCCCCCGCCUGGCCGCCGGCUCGGCCCUGCUGCUGGUGGCGCGCUCGGCGGCGGCGCUGGGCGAGCUGGAGGGCGAGCUGGCCGCCGCCUGCCCCGCGCUGCGCCUCCGCAGCCUGCCCGCCGACCUGGCCCGCGCCCGCGGCCGCCGCGCCCUGCUCCGCGCCGCCCGCAGCCUCCGCCCGCCCGCCGGACGGACCCUCCGACGCCUCCUGCUCGUCAACAACGCCGCGUCUCUCGGCGAUAUUUCCAAAGCGUUUGUAGACUUCACCAACCCGGCUGAAGUCAACAGCUACCUGAACCUCAACGUCACCUCUGCCCUGUGCCUGACGUCCUCCCUCCUGAAGGCCUUCCCUGCGGAGCCGGGCCUGUGCCGCAUGGUGGUGAACAUCUCCUCGCUCUGUGCCCUGAAGCCCUUCAAGACCUGGACCUUGUACUGUACCGGGAAGGCGGCCCGGGACAUGAUGUUCCAGGUUCUUGCAGCAGAAGAGCCGGACGUGAGAGUGCUGAACUACGCCCCAGGCCCCCUGGACACUGACAUGCAAGAACUGGCACGCACCAAGUCUGGAGACCAGGAGGUGCGAGAGCAGUUCGUCCUCAUGAAGCAGAACGGCCAGCUGCUGGACUGUGACCUCUCCUCUCAAAAGCUGCUGACCCUUCUUCUGGAGAACACGUUUGAGUCAGGGGCGCACGUCGACUUCUAUGACAUCUGA